UCAUGCAAUUUCUUGAGAAGCUUUCUAAAGAAGCAAAGUUUAAGAUUGCAUCAAGAGUGGAGAUGGUUUGUGAUGGUAGCUUUCCUUGCAUUCCAAGGAAUGGAGGAUGAUUGCGCUAGAGGAUAAUGCAGCAUCAUCGAAACCAGACAAGGGGAAGUCUAGAAGGCGAACGAUGAUCCCUUUCUCGCUCCUGGUACUCACUUUGCUGCCGCUCCUCUGCCCGCUUGGCCAUGGAAAGAUGUGCACCAACACUGGGGUUUCACACACCUUGCGGGCUCAGCUCCUCGCCGCAUUCGAUUCCGGCCUGGAGCUCACGUCGACCGCCAGCAGCUGGAACACCACCACCGCCACAGGUUCGCUAGAAUUUUCCAGGAGGAGAGUCCUCCAGCAGCAGCAAAACAAUUCCUUUCUUGGGGCUGUUUCACUGCACGACGUGAGGCUUUUGCCGGACUCGUGGCAGGCAAUUGCGCAGCAAACCAAUCUCGACUACUUGCUCAUGCUCGAUGUGGACAACUUGGUGUAUAGUUUUAGAACCACUGCUGGGUUGAACGCCUCGGGAUCAGCCUAUGGAGGAUGGGAGCUUCCGACCUCAGAGCUCCGGGGUCAUUUCGUGGGGCAUUAUCUCAGUGCGAGUGCAAUGACUUGGGCCUCCACUCACAACCUCACCAUCUACGAAAACAUGAACGCUGUCGUAGCAGCUUUGGCCGAGUGCCAGGCAAAGAUUGGAACUGGAUACUUGUCUGCUUUUCCAACCAGCUUGUUUGAUCGUUUCGAAGCUCUGGAGUCUGUUUGGGCACCAUACUACACAAUUCACAAGAUUAUGGCAGGACUUUUGGAUCAGUAUACGUAUGCCGCGAACAGUCUUGCAUUCGAGAUGCUGUUAGGCAUGACUGAUUACUUUGGGAGCCGCGUUGAGAUGGUCAUUGAGAAGUAUAGCAUCGAGAGACACUGGCAAUCACUAAACGAGGAGACUGGCGGGAUGAACGAUGUCUUGUAUCGUAUCUAUCAAAUUACGGGAGAUGCGAAACACUUAAAGUUGGCACACUUGUUUGAUAAACCAUGUUUCCUAGGAUUGUUGGCUGUUCGGGCUGAUAGCAUAUCGGGCUUUCAUGCCAACACUCACAUACCCAUCGUGAUUGGUGCCCAAUUGCGGUACGAAGUUGUGGGUGAUAAGCUUUAUAAGGAUUUAAGCGAAUAUUUCAUGAAAAUCGUGAGCUCCUCCCAUACAUAUGCUACGGGGGGGACGUCUUCCGGCGAAUUCUGGUCCAAUCCAAAUAGACUUGGAGACACUCUGGGAACCGAAAACGAAGAAUCUUGUACAACUUACAACAUGCUCAAGGUGGCACGAAAUCUCUUCCGCUGGACAAAGCAAAUGCAUUAUGCUGAUUUCUACGAGAGAGCGUUAAUCAACGGGGUUCUCACAAUUCAACGAGGAAAAGAGCCUGGAGUUAUGAUCUACAUGCUUCCUCUCGCCCCUGGAAGCUCCAAAGCGAAGUCCUAUCAUGGUUGGGGAACACCAUUCACGUCUUUCUGGUGCUGCUAUGGAACCGCAAUCGAGUCUUUUUCCAAGCUUGGAGACUCCAUUUACUUCACAAAUGAAGUACAAGACACUCCACAGCUAUACGUGAUCCAAUAUUUGUCGUCUAAAGUUUUGUGGACUGCUGCUGGUCUCAGCUUAGAUCAACGGGUUUAUCAUAUGACCUCGACUGAUCCUGUGAUGACGGUCACAUUCAAUUUCACACAGAAGCUUGUGCUUGGAAAAACUAGCGAAGCAAAGUUGUCCGUUCGGGUGCCUUACUGGGCUCAAUCCUCCAGGUGCCUUCUCAACGGACUUGAGCUUCAAAACUUAACACCAGGAACGUUCUUCGAUGUGUCACGAGAAUGGAAGACCGGAGAUAAAUUAUCCUUUACCUUCUCGGCCAUGCUAAGGCUCGAAAAGAUCCAAGAUGAGCGCUCAAAGUACUCAUCGCUCUACGCGAUAUACUACGGUCCUUACCUCCUGGCUGGGAUGAGCGAUGGCAAUUAUAAACUUGGAUCCGUCAACGUAUCGACUCCUUCGAGAUGGAUAAAACCGGUGCGUGACAGUAAUCUGUUUAGCUUCACGCAACUCCAACAAGGAAAGCUCCAGUAUCUAGCAGCAAGCAGCGAUGGAGCUUUGUCCAUGAUCAGCAAGCCUCAACACGGCUCCGAAGAAGCUUCUCUGGCAACUUUCAGACUUAAGUUACUACCAUCUCUGAAGACGAUAGAGAAGAUUCAAGUCAAGGAUGUUACAAGCUUGCUGCUCGAUCGGGAGGUAUCUCUCGAGCUCUUGAAUCGGCCGGGGAGGUUUGUCACUUAUUUUGGGAUUGAAGAUGGUGUCAGGCUUACUAACGGCAAGAGCUCGGGUUUCCCCUCGAGUUCUUCGGUGUUUAAGCUACGUUCGGCGCUCUCUGGUCAUCCGGGAGAAAUUUCUUUCGAGGCCAGCGGCAUCCAAGGUUGCUUCUUGGUUGCUCAAGGAAGGGAUAUCACUCUUGAGUGCGAAAGAUUCAACAAGAUGGCAGCCAGUUUCGGUGUGACCACGGGAAGAGCUUCGUAUCAUCCCAUGAGUUUUGAGGCUUAUGGUGGCAACGACACUUACCUGAUGUUUCCACUCUCUUCCUACAGUGAUGAAAAAUACGCUGUGUACUUCGAAGUAACACCUUAAAAGAGUGACUUGGUAAUAAUCAUUAACUAUAAAAUUAAUGGAUGUGAAAAUAGAAGGAUCUUUCAGCUUAAA